CUACCCGUUCAUAAGCGACAGCGAGCCGCCCUCUCCAUUCUCUUUUCGUGCAACGCGCGGCGAUUCAAGACGUCCGGCGACGCGAUGGGGAAGUCCUACCCGAAAGUGAGCGAGGAGUACCAGAAGGCCGUCGAUAAGUGCAAGAAGAAGUUCCGUGGCUUCAUCGCCGAGAAGAACUGCGCCCCCUUGAUGCUUCGCAUCGCAUGGCACUCGGCGGGGACUUACGACGUUAAGACGAAGACCGGGGGGCCAUUUGGGACGAUGAAGUUCCCGACGGAGCUGGCUCACGGAGCAAAUAACGGUCUGGAUAUCGCCGUCAGGCUACUGGAUCCGAUCAAGGAGCAGUUCCCCAUCCUCUCCUACGGCGACUUCUACCAGCUUGCUGGGGUCGUAGCUGUUGAGAUCACCGGUGGGCCGGAGAUCCCCUUCCAUCCCGGAAGGGAGGACAAGUCUGAACCACCUGAGGAAGGCCGCCUGCCUGAUGCCACCAAGGGUUCUGAUCACCUUAGGGAUGUGUUUGGUCAUAUGGGUCUGAGUGAUCAGGAUAUAGUUGCAUUGUCUGGUGGUCACACACUGGGAAGAUGCCACAAGGAGCGGUCUGGUUUUGAGGGAGCCUGGACUUCAAAUCCUCUUAUUUUUGACAACUCAUACUUCAAGGAGCUCCUGAGUGGAGAGAAAGAAGGCCUUCUCCAGCUGCCAUCUGACAAGGCCCUUCUAACUGAUCCUGUUUUCCGCUCUCUUGUAGAAAAAUAUGCUGCCGAUGAGGAUGCUUUCUUUGCUGACUAUGCUGAAGCCCAUCUUAAGCUUUCGGAGCUGGGAUUUGCUGAGGCUUAAGAGAUGGAUUCAGUGGAUGUAGCGGGUUGUUUUGUGCUUGGUUUGAGGUGCUAUGUUGCAAGUAGAAGCAGAUUAUUGCGAGAAUCAUGUUUAAAAUAAGAUUUCAGUUGUCAUGGUCCAUCUUUGUUAUUGUCUGUGUUUGGUGAUAUAUUAAACUUUUUGCUGCUUUUUGCUGGGAUAUUGGCUUCAGCACAAUGCAUUACCAAGAGCAUAUUAAUCGGUCUUAGUGAUAUCCAGUCUUGGUUGCAUUAAUGUUUAUUUAACGCAUGGGUCUUUGUGGU